AUGGGGCCCGGAGACGCUGUGUUGCUGGGGUUUGUGCUUCUCUUCUCAUGUGGGAGCCUCGGCUCGGCCUUGCCCAGCCGGGACAGCACCAACGAGACGAUGGAUCACCGGCCCAACCGGACGGCGAGCGAGCCGGCGCCUUCUCCCCUCACGUACCGGCUCAGGAGCGACCAGCUCAGGAAGCCGAAACCCGCCGGGCGCCUGGUGGAGCAGACGCAGGAAACGACCCCGGAGCUGCUCAAGCUGCCCUUUAAAGGACCGGACCUCAACCCACGGGCCUGGCAGGAAUCAAAAGUGCAGCAGAAGGCGGAGCAGCGGGUGCCCGUGGCGGCUGAGAGCGUGGCGGUGCGCUGUGGGGAGAGAGAGGUCAGCGUGGAGGUCAAGAAGAACUUCCUGGGAAACGGUCAGCUGAUCCGAGCGAGCGAUCUGACAUUAGGAGGCUGCGCCGGAGUCGACACCGGCGACCGCGUCCUGUCGUUCCACGCGGCGUUAACAGGCUGCGGCAGCACGUUGAAGGUGACUAAAGGAGCCCUCAUCUACUCCUUCUCCCUCCUCUACUCUCCCACACCCAUAGGCCACACCUUCAUCCUGAAGACCAGCCCUGCUGAGGUGGGAGUUGUUUGCCACUAUCCAAGGAGACAAUACGUGAGCAGCGGCGCCAUCAGGCCCACCUGGACGCCGUUCGCCUCCGACGUGCUCGCCGAGCAGCGGCUCCACUUCUCCCUGCGUCUCAUGACAGAGGACUGGCAGUCGCAGAGGCCGUCCAGCGUUUUCUUCCUGAGCGACGUCAUGCACAUGGAGGCGGGCGUCCUGCAGGGGCACCACCCCCCCCUGAGGGUCUUUGUGGACGGCUGCGUGGCCACGCCGGGGUCCGAUCCCUCCUCCAAACCCAGUUACCCCUUCAUCAGCAACCACGGGUGUCUGACUGAUGCUAAGCUGACAGGAGCCAAGUCUUACUUCAUGCAAAGGAGCCGGGAGGAUAAACUUCACUUUCUGCUCAAAGCCUUCAGGUUCCAGCAGGAUCACAGCGGCUCGAUCUACAUCACGUGUCGUCUGAAAGCCACGACUGUCUCUGUUCCCGUCGACUCGCAGCACAAAGCGUGUUCAUUCCUCAAUGAGGCCAACAGGUGGGUGGCAUCAGGUGGAGACAACAAGGUGUGUGGCUGCUGUGAAAGCAGCUGCAGCGAGGAGAGACCGAGACGAAGCCUGGUGGCGGACGCUGAGCUGCAGUGGGAGGCGGAGGUCGCUCUGGGCCCCAUCCUGCUGGAGGAGGAGCUUCCUCCAGAGCCACUCCCCCUGCUCCACACGCAGGAAGUUACUCCGGCAGCCGCCCCCCCGACGGUAGCCAUGCUGUGCGGACUGGGUGCGGCGCUGUCCGUGGUGCUGAUACUUUUCAUGGGUUCCAUCACUGUGACCAAUCUACGCAAACUCACUGGAUACGAUGUCAGCAGCUGA